CUACAAUUUUAUAUGAGUUUUCGCAGAAGCAGGAGAACCAGCGGUCUUAGCACUCUACUAGCCUUUCCCGAUAGCAGCAACUUGAUAAAACUGUAUUACACCAAUUGUAAUUCUGGAAUUACUCAGAAAUGGUAAUCGAUUAACGCAAUUUAGUUUAAAAUAUACGGAGAAAAAGCGAACGGAUUGAAACACAGUAUGAGAAAAGGGGGAUUCUACUAUUGUUGAAGAAAGAUUCAGAAGGAUUGUUAAAGAACAAUUAAGGCGGAUUGUCGUAGAAUAAUUCAGGAAAAGAGAGGCAAUACAUUGAUGGACGGAAACAUAAAUAUUUGAAUCAUUUUUGGUGCGGGUAAUAAUGUUCUGGUGAAAAUGACGAGCAACGACACUGAGAGUAAGCCACGACCUAAGCGGAAAGUUGACCACAUUGUUUGGAAAGUGUGCACUGUUUUCUUCUGUCUCACCACCAUCAGUCUUGCUAUAUUCCUGGCUGUUAUUUACCUCAAAGAUGGAGAACCUGUGAACAAGCAAAGGAAUGCCCGUCUCGAAGAUCGUUUACCUGUUCCUAGGACAGGAGAUCUCAAGGUUAAACCCACGAAUCCAAAAUAUCCAGAUGUCUUGCAUGAUCUCACCGCGGAGGAAUUGAGGAAGGUCAGGGAUUAUAUGAUAUGGCGGACCAAUCUUGAAUUGGUACCAUUUGAGAAUGCCCGACCAAAUUCUAAUUAUAUUUUUCUAAUUGAGUUAUACACGCCAGAAAAGGAUCAAGUCCUCGCAUAUCUCUACAACAAAAAGCGCAUUCCCCGUCGAGAGGCAAAAGUGGUGAUAUUCCAUGGUGCGUGGUUUCCGCACAAAGUCGUUGAAUAUCGAGUAUGGCCCACCGAUUCGCCAGCGAACCAUCGCUUAAUCGCUAACCCUAUCUAUACUAGAAAUCCAAUACCAUUUAACGCCCGUCCCCUUGAUAAGGUCCAACUUUUCUUCGCAAAUAAGAUCUUACACAAUGCCACAAGAGAGGCAUAUCAACUCUUGAAUGAGAGCUUUGGUUUGGCAUAUCACAACUGUACGCCUGAGAGCCAAACUUGUCUCAAGUUCAUCCCCGCAGUGCCGUAUUACUCGAGCACGGGGCAUAGGAAAGUUUGGUAUAUCGCAGUCAGGGAUGUUGAAGGUCAUUAUUUGCAUCCUAUUGGAUUCCAAAUUCUCAUCAACCAAGACAACGUGGACGCCUCGCAAUGGAGGGUCGAUAGAGUCUUUUACAAUGGCGGAUACCAACGAACAAUAGAGCAACUUAUGUACAAAUACAAAAGAAAUGUCAUCCAAAAAUUAAAAGUCCCAGAACCUAAAUAUGGAGCAAAUAUGUACUCGACAUUCAAUAGACGGGGGCAGUUAAUGCCCAAUGCAUCCAAACGAGCGCCCCAGAGUUUUGAAUUCGAUGGUGCCCGAUACACCGCCAGAGGGCAGCAUAUAGACUAUCUUGGGUGGAGUUUUGAUUUCCGCGUGCGAACUACAACUGGAUUACAGAUUUUCAACCUUUUGUAUAACAAUGAGAGAAUAGCAUACGAGAUAAGCCUUCAGGAAAUUGCAGUUCUAUUUUCUGGUGCGGAUGCCAUUCAUAAAACGCAUAACCACUUUGGCUCAUCCUGGGGGAUUGGUGCUUCAACGUUUGAGCUUAUUCCCGGGGUUGAUUGCCCAGCGCAUGCCCUGUUCUUCGACUCUAUUCAUCUGAUCAAUAGUCACAGUCCGAGCGAGAAUAAGAACUGUGUUUGCGUAUUUGAACAUAACAACGGCAUCCCCCUCCGCCGUCAUUACUCAGACAACCAAAAGGGUGAAUUCACGUUUGCCGGUGGCAUGCCAGACAACGUCCUAAUUGUACGCGCAGUGAGCACACUGAACAACGCCGAUUAUAUCAUGGAUUAUAUUUUCCAUCAGGAUGGCACGGUGGAAGUGCGAAUCACACCGACGGGAUACCUUAGUGUAACUCACUUUACAUAUGAUUCUGAUGAAUACGGUCACCAGAUACACGACAACGUCAUAGGGAAUCUUCACACGACGCUCUUCCAUUUCAAAGUUGAUCUUGAUGUAAUGGAUGAAAACAACAGAAUCUCAACAUAUUCUAUAAGACCAGAACGGAUUCACCAUCCAUUUGUGAAUGACCGACGACGAAACCAGAAGCGAUUUGAGAGAGUUUUAAAACAAAACGAGAAGGAGUCGGUCAUAAAGCAAGGCGACCCAACAUCCCCUACCUAUAUCCUGGUACAUAAUCCAAGUUCUAGAAGUCGACAUAACCACCACCGAGGGUAUCGUCUUCACGUCCCAGAGUCCCCUAUCGGUAUCUUACUAAAUGACACAGGUGUAGACAGCGCCACCUCGUGGGCAAAAUAUAAAGUAGCCGUCACCAAAAGAAAGGCGGCUGAAGACACGAGUUCUUCCAUUUACACACAAAUGCAACAGCAUGGACCUAUAGUUAACUUUGAGCAGUUCAUUAAAGAUGAUGAACACAUCGUAGAUGAAGACAUUGUUGCGUGGGUUAGCAUGGGAGUUGAACAUAUUCCAACAGCUGAAAAUAUUCCAACAAAAACAACGUCAGGUUCAAGUUUAAGUUUCUUUUUGAAACCUUUCAAUUUCUUCCAAGAAGACCCGAGUAUAAGCUCGACUGAUGCUAUUAACAUUACCCCUAGAGCCAGAUUCCAUGACGUGAAAGUAGAACGUUAUGGUACAAAUACUAAAAUUGCAUACGAAUGUGUUAUUCCAUCCAGGGGACCCGACCAAUUCAACGGCACAAGGUGGAUGACAAAAGCUCACACUGAAUACAAAGAUCGACCAUACACAUUUGAUGUGGAUUCAAGAGAUCGUCUUUCGAGAGAUCGUUAUCCACAAGAUCGUGAUUCAAGAGAUCGUUAUCCACAAGAUCGUGAUUCAAGAGAUCGUUAUCCACAAGAUCGUAUUUCCAGAGAUCGUUAUAUACAAGAUCGUCAAUCAAGAGAUCACCAUUCUCAAGAUCGUCGUUCGAGAGAUCGCUAUUUACAGGAUCGUUAUUCACGACAUCGUCAUUAGAAUGUCAAAUUAUAUAAGCAAACUAUUGUAUACUCCAUGCACAUGAUUUUGGAAGAUACACGCGAUAAAAUCAAAAUAAAAGCUGUAGUUU